AUGCAGUCUUCUUUCUUCUUGGCUGCUCUCAUGGCCGCGGUUGUACCCGCAUUCGCCUACGAGGUGGGCACUGGCUCAUGCUGCACAGCUCAGCUCAAAGCUUGCCACGAACAGGGUGCCGAUGCCUGCAUCUGGACCAACGCAGCCAUUUGCGUCAACAACCCCAAAAACUCUGUCCCCAUUGACGAGACUUGCAACGAGAAGUGCCCUACUGCCUCCGUAAAGACCCCGGAUGGCUUCAUCUACAAGUUCCAGAAGCACAACGCUCCCGCCGGUACUUGUGUUUGCAGCAACACCAACCCGAAUGUUGGAAAAUACUGCUACGGGCGUAAGAGAGACCAAUUCCGAGGUACGGAGAGGGCCUGA